CUUAGAGGCUAAGGAAAACUGUUAGUCUGUUAUAGUUAGUUUUCUCUUAGUUAGAAAGUGUUGUGAUUUGUUUGGCUCACAACUUGUAUAUAUACUCAUAUUGUAAUCUUAUUCAUUUUGUGAAAUGAAAAUAUAAUUUCCAAACAGAUGGGAAGGGAAGGAAAAAAAACAAAAAAAAAAAAGAAAAAAAAAAAAAAAAGGGGGAUUAUCUUCUCUUAGUUAAAAGGAGCUACUACGAGUCUACGAGGUCAUUGCGGUAGGGGUUGGUAAAAAGUGGAGUUUUUGCAGUGGGGAAAACUGAAAAAGAGUUCCGCCACCUCUUUCCGAUUAUGUGUUUCCCUUCCCCUUCCCCUUCCCCACACCCUUCACAAAGCAUUGAUCCCUCCAAAGCUUUCAAAUUUCCCAGAGGUCACAGACCCAUUUUCUAUUCAUGUGAAAUGGUUGCCACGGCUUUCCGCCGUCCUGUUGGAGUCAUUCAGCUCCGUGGUUCUGUUGGUGAGACUGGCUCUGCUAGAAAUUGCAGGCAGUCAUCUUUCAGAUUUAUUUCUAAGAAUUUGGCGGCCGAUGUUGGCUUGCUUAGAAAAGAACAUUGUAGCUCUAGACAAUGUAGACUGCAUGUAAUUCGUUCAUCGUCUUCUCAAGCUUCGACAACUGAUCCAAUUUUAUCCACCUCCCACGGUGAAAGUUCUUUGAUCUUAAUUCGUCAUGCUGAAUCUUUGUGGAAUGAGAAGAAUUUGUUCACCGGUUGUGUUGACAUGCCUUUAACCAAUAAAGGUGUUGAUGAAGCAAUAGAAGCUGGUAAGAGAAUCAGCAACAUCCCUGUAGAUAUGAUUUACACAUCUUUGCUUAUUCGUGCACAGAUGACGGCAAUGCUUGCCAUGACUCAACACCACCGCAAGAAGGUGCCAAUUGUUGUGCACAACGAGAGUAUACAGGCAAAAACAUGGAGUCAAAUUUACAGUGGAGAUACUAAAAAGCAAUCAAUUCCAGUUAUAACUGCUUGGCAAUUAAACAAAAGAAUGUUUGGUGAAUUACAGGGUCUUAAUAAGCUGGAGACAGCUGAAAGAUAUGGAAAAGAGCAAGUGCAUGAGUGGCGUCGGAGUUUUGAUAUUCCUUCCCCCAGUGGUGAGAGUUUGGAAAUGUGUUCUCAAAGGGCUGUAGCCUAUUUUAAAGAACAGAUUGAACCACAACUACAAACUGGAAAGAACGUUCUGGUUGCUGGCCACGGAAAUUCAUUGAAGUGUAUUACAUAUCUCGAGAGAUUAACUUCUCAAGAGGUUAUUAGCUUUAGAGUUAUCAACCAGUGUACCACUGCUCUAUAUUUUUAAGGAGGGAGAGUUUAUGAGGAGAGGAAGCCCAGUAGGACCUACAGAACCUGGUGUUCAUGCUUAUACUAAGGUGUUAAUUUUUCUGCUCAUAUAAGUUGUUGCAAUCCUGAAACCUUAUAGCUUGCUGUGUGUAUCCUUACAUUAUAAGCUAUAACGGUGUUAAUACCUUCAAAUUCAUUGCAAUUAUUUGGGGCUUUCGAGGAAGUGGGGUAGUGGGUUCAUUCAAACAAUCCCGAGCAAGCAGAGGUUUGGAGACUGUUCAGGCUAUAUAUUUUGAAAGCUCUUUUAUCAAAAGAAGCAGGGUUAAGCUUUACUUGAAGGGGUUAAAGUAUGAACACUGGUUUCAAUUCAAAAUUUGAAACUUUUAUAGGCAAAGUAAUCUUAAAAUUAAUUGAAAAUUCACACUACAUUUUGCUCUGGUUGUAAUAGUCCUUGACUUAAGCUGUGGCCAAUUGAAUUUGAUUUAUUAAAUCGAAUGGCUAGACAAAUGGAGGGUGUGCAGGAGGGGAAAAAUCGGUUGCAGAAGGCAUUUCAGUAAGACUAAAUGGGUAUUUUUUUGAGUCUGGGACAGAUCCAGGAAGUCUGAGGUGGGUUAUAGCCCAUCCUAGUAUUAAGAAUUAGAAACAAAGCUAGUUGAGUUCCAGCCAGCCCAAUUCAUAUCUAUGAUUAACUUGUUUCUUCUUCAGCAUUGCUUGUUUUAUUCUUCUUAAUACUCCAAUUUGUCUUCUACUAUUAUUCUUCUAAUAUGGUUUAUAAUUUUGUUUCUAAAUUCUAAUUGAGAGAUUUUUCAGUCAAUAUCUACUCUUAGGCUUUUAUUGGGGGGAAAAUUGGCUUAAAAAAUUAAGCCAUCGUUGUUUUUGAAUCUUGGACCUGUCCCUUGUUGGGAGAUCAGGAUAGUAAUUCAGUUGAAAUAAAAUUGUCUCUAGUACUCUGAUCUGUGUUUGGUUGGCACAAAACAGGUCUUUUUGGGUCAAUCGACGACGGUGAUGAAUGUGAGAAAAUUACUUUUUCAGGUCUCAUUACUAGAUGUUUUAUUUGCUGCUUGCUACACUUUUUGCAUGCAGAGUUUAGCACUUUACAGGCAAAAAUUGGAAAAAGGGUUGCAUUGAACUAUAUAAAAGCAGGGGACGACCUAUUUUUGGUUGUUCGGGCUUUUCCGGAGUUUAUUUGUAAGUUGCAGAUCUGCGGUCACUAACUAAAUGCAAGACAUUGUUCCAGUGCACAGGCCUAACGUUGAAAGACUUCAGAAAAGCAAGAAAAAAACAGACCAUAUGUAUACCGUUGGAUUUUUAGAGAAAGGUCCGUUGUUGAUGACCAUGGUAGAGAGAGACUAGUGGAGGCCGACGUGUGCAAUGCGUGGAGGGCAGAUGGUGAGUGCCGAGACAGAGUAAAAGUCGAGAUCAUGCUCUUGAAAAUGGCGGAUCCUCAUCACAUUGAUACAGCUCUCAGUCUUCCUCCUCGCACACAUUGCCUGCAAUUCUCUAUCUCCUCACGACGCCGAUUGGAUUUCUGUGAAAUUUUAUAAUUUUUUGGCUUCUGGCUUGUGCUUUUGGUGUGGAUUUGUAAUUGAAUUUAUUGGUGUGGAUUUGUUAUUGAAUGUAUUGGUUUUGAAGGCAGAUCUGGGUUUGUAUGUAAUGUGCUCUAAAAUUUUGAUGAAUUUUGCAAUUUUUGAAGUCUUGAAUGUUACGUGGUGUUGUUUCAUGU